GAUGAGUCACGCAUGCGCAGUGUGAGCUCCAAGAUGGCUGCGCCCAGCGGCACCGUGACAGCUGGAUACGGGGAAUCCGGACUGAGGAGAAGGAAAGGGAAAGAAAGUGCGACCGAGGGGGAGAAGACCCCGGGAGAGGAGGGCAAAGGCCGGCAUCGGGGGGACAUAGUGCCCGGGACAUACUGGCUGACUAGAAUAGUGCUGCUGAGGGCUACAGCGGCUAUAUACUUUGUGGCCUUCCUCGUGGCUUACCACCAAAACAAGCAGCUGAUCGGGGACCGGGGAUUGCUACCAUGCAAGCUGCAUCUAGAGAACAUCAAGAAAUAUUUUGGAGGCAAAAUUGGCAUGGACGCCAUCAGCCAUGCGCCCACCAUUCUUUGGGUGUUGGACUGGUCGAGCAUGGAUACCCAUCUGGAUAACAUCGCCCUGCUGGGCCUCGUGAUUUCAGCUUUUAUUGUGAUAACUGGAUGUGCCAACAUGAUCAUGAUGGGCAUACUGUGGAUUCUUUACCACUCCAUAGUGAGUGUGGGACAACUAUGGUACUCCUUUGGAUGGGAGUCUCAGCUACUAGAAACUGGAUUUCUGGGAAUCUUCCUGUGCCCGCUCUGGUCCCUGUCCCGUGUCCCUAAAGGCACCCCCCCAUCAGGCAUUGUUAUUUGGGCGCAUCGGUGGCUUAUCUUCAGGAUCAUGCUUGGAGCGGGUCUUAUUAAAAUCAGAGGAGACAAGUGCUGGAGAGACCUGACGUGUAUGAACUAUCACUACGAGACCCAGCCGGUGCCAAACCCUUUGGCCUACUUCAUGCACCGCAACCCCGUCUGGUUCCACCAGUGUGAGACCUUGGUCAAUCAUUUCAUCGAACUGGUCGUACCGUUCUUUAUAUUCAUGGGCAGACGCAUGUGUAUUGUCAACGGAGUGCUGCAAAUCCUCUUCCAGGUUCUUCUGAUCCUCAGUGGUAACCUCAGCUUCCUCAACUGGCUGACUAUCGUGCCAAGUAUCGCCUGUUUUGAUGAUGCCAGCCUCAGCUUCCUGUUCAGCUCCAAGGAUGGCUCCGCAAAACACCAAGUGUCCAAAAUACAGAAGCAGAUGGGUACUGGGGACCAGCCGACAAGAAGUUAUGGGUCCUACAUCCGCCAAGUGCUGCACAUAUCUCUGGGCAUCCUCAUUGCCUACCUCAGUGUCCCUGUGGUCCUGAACCUGGUGAACUCCAGACAGAUGAUGAACGCCUCCUUUAACCCUCUGCGGAUCGUCAACACGUACGGAGCCUUCGGCAGUGUCACCAAGGAGAGGACGGAGGUGAUCAUCCAGGGAACGUCCAGUCUGGAUCCCAAUGACCCCAAAGCUGUUUGGGAAGAAUAUGAGUUCAAAUGCAAACCAGGAAAUCUGACCCGCCGGCCCUGCACCAUAUCCCCGUAUCACUACCGCCUAGACUGGCUCAUGUGGUUCGCAGCUUUCCAGACCUAUGAACAAAAUGAAUGGAUAAUACAUCUUGCCGGAAAGUUACUAGCAAAUGACCCCACAGCAACUUCACUCAUGGCUUUCAACCCCUUCCAGGAGAAAGAGCCGCCCAGGUGGAUCAGGGGAGAGCACUUCCGAUACAAAUUCAGCCGCCUCUGGGGUAAACAUGCCUCCGAGGGCAAGUGGUGGAUACGGAAGAGGAUUGCGCCAUACUUCCCACCUCUCAAUCUUCAAGGUCUCAAGAAAUACUUCCAGUCCCGGUCUUGGCCUCUGCCGCCGCCACCGGGCGAGCACCAAUAAAGCGUGUAUAUUGAUUAUAGGGCAGCGUUAGGCCCCUCUAAGAGGAGUCUUAUGAAUGUAAAUCGCAUCCAAGCACCAACCUAGAUCAGGAGGGUUAUGUGCUGAAGUAUAGGACCAAUUCUAGGACUGUUACCUAAAUUAAUCAGGGCAAUUAUCUCACUACCAACUAUUGCUGGGGGCGCUGUUGCAUGGGAGUCUAUAGAAAAUGUAUCCAAAAAAAUGCACUGGCAAGAAAAGGUACUGCAAGUGAAUUUUUAAAUCAAGUCGAACAGUGGGUUUAGCCAAAAAAGCAUCAUAGUUCUAAAGUUUUCGUGUAGUUCUGGGUUAUUAAGAAAAAAAAUAAA